AUGGCAAAACUGCAACUCUGGAUUGGCAUUGGAAAGCGCCGAGGUAACGAUCCUCGGCAUUGGAUCCUCAUAUUAGUCGCUCCUGACGCCACGGAGAGCACGUGGUACCACGUCACGGGAGGUCCAACGACUUCAACAGAAUACAAGCUUGUCAUCCAGAACAAGCGAUUUAAAAGCUUCGGUAUUGCCGAGCACCACUUCGUUGGGGAAAUCGACGAAAAGGACGUGAGGAAGCUGAAGUCUUCCGCACAAGGCGUUCCUGUACAGAUGUGCCAGGAGUGGGCAGUGGCAGUUUUACAGGACCUAGAAAGAAAGGGCCUGCUCACGGCUGGAACAGCGCAGCAUUGGUCCACUCAGGUGGAGAGCAGCCAGUCUUCGAGCACUGGCCAUCAUGGCAUAGUCAAUCCAGCAGAAUCCUCCUCGAGCGGCAUCCAGUGGGUCUGGGAUGCCGCCCAGCAGGCCUACCGGUAUUGGGAUGAGAAGUCCAGGCGAUGGGUGUGGCAAAAUGAGACUACUCAGUAA